AUGAAUUAUUUAAUAAUUAUUAUUUGUUUUUUUAUUUUUUGUAUUUCUUUUGGUUUUAUUUAUAAAAAAUAUUUCAACAAAACCAACGACAACACCAACUGCAACAUCAACACCAACGACAGCAUCAACAUCACUACAAACGAAUGUUUCAACAAAAACAAUAAUAACAACAAAUCCAACCCACACCACAGUGCCCCAUUCCGUAAUAAUUGUGCUGCUCCAUUAAAUAUCCAACAAAAUCAACAAAAUCAACAAAAUCAACAAAAUCAACAAAAUCAACAAAAUCAACAAAAUCAACAAAAUCAACAAAAUCAACAAAAUCAACAACAACAACAUCAAACCCCACAGUAUCCAACUUUUAGCCAAAAUUAUUGCCGUUAUACUUCUGAGAGAGCUCCAUUCACCAAUCAACCACAGCAACCACAACAACCACUUAAUAAAUCACCAAGUGCACAUUCAAACAACUACCCAGGAUUUAAUAAGGAAGAAUCACGUUAUAGUGCCACAUGUAAUGCCCAAUCAACCAAUCUUCCAAAAUCAGUCCCACAACAACCACAUCAACACCCACAACCACAACAUCCACAAAAUAAAUCAUCAUGUGCACAUUCAAACAACUAUCCAACUUUUAAUAAGGAAGAAUCACGUUAUAGUGCCCCUGGUAAUGCUCAAUCUACCAAUCUUCCAAAAUCAUUCCCACAAAACCCACAAAACCCACAAAAGGAAUCACCAAAUGCACACUCUACCAACUACCCAACUUUUAAUAAAGAUGAAUCACGUUACAGUGCUGGUAAUGCCCAAUCAAAUAAUAUUCCACAACAACCACAACAACCAUUCACAUCAUCAAGGGCUCAAUCAAAUAAUUACCCAUCUUUUAAUAGUUCACAUUCUCGUUUUAGUACUGCAAGCGAAUCAAAACCAGCCAAUGCUUCAACAUCCUUUCAACAACAAACCCCAUACCAACCAUCAGAAUACCCAUCAUUCCAUAAAGAGCAAUCCCGUUAUGAGUGUUCUGGUUCAUCAACUUUUCCAGGUUUCAAUUCUGCCGAAAUGAAAAAUUGGAGAAGAAAAGUUGGAGAAAGAAAAAUAGAAAGGGACCUUGCAGAAAGAGAACGUGCCAAUAAAGAAAGAGCAGAACGUAGAGAGGGUUGUGUUGCAAAAUCAAUUUAUGAUAUAAGAUUAGAAUUAUUACGUCAUGAUCAAACCAACAAUGAAGUAAGCUCCGAUUCCGAUUCCGAUAGCGAUGAUCAUUCCGAUAAUGAAUCAAAUUCCAAUGAAGCUGGCAAUGACGAUGAUCAUUACAAUUCUAAUGAAGAUGAAGAUCCAUCAAAUGAACAUUUAUUAAAUAACAAUUUACCAUUUGAUAGAUCUGAGUCCGAAGAAUCUGUUGACUAUAUGGACAUUGAUUAA